AUUGGUAUACUAAUACGCAAUUUACUUUUUAUUGUUCUUUUAUCCUCAUCCUAAUUAGUAUCUUACAUAAUAUAAGAUAUCUUGAUGAGCAUCACUUGAUAAUGUGAUAAGAAAGAUUCUCAUCAGUAAUUAAGUCUUUGCGGAUUUUUUAUGAUAGCGUAUACGUCGUAAGAUAAUUACGUAAAAAUUCAUGUAAAUAUUUAUAUGAUAAGAGAUGUUUGAUAACAUAAAUUGCAUUCAAAUCUGUUUAAAUUCUUUGUUUUCUUCGAUAAUAUCAAUUAUAUAAAUAUGCUGAGGUGUCUCAGAUAAAGCUGAUAUGACGACAAUUACGGAAUUUUGUCAGUUCUUUUGGUUGCAAACUCAAUCAUUUAAUAUUUAAACGUGGAAUUGAUUGUUUCGAAAAAAUGAAGAAAGUAUACCUCGCCGCUAUAACAGGAAACCUGGGUACAUUGUCGAUUGGCCAAUUUGUCGGCUGGGCAUCGCCAUCUUUGCCUACACUGAUGCAAAGUAAUAAUACUGAGUAUUCUAUACAUUUGACUUCGGACGAAGCCUCUUGGGUGGCAGCCUUAUUUAUGAUUGGUGGAAUUCCCGGUUCUAUUGUUUGUGCAUUUAUUGUGAAUGUUAUUGGCAGAAAAAACACCAUGUUAUUUACAGCUGUGCCGUCGAUCAUCAGCUGGUUGAUGAUAGUCUUUGCAACGUCAACGUGGGAGUUAUAUAUAUCGAGAUUUAUAUCUGGACUAGCCAUGGGUAUUUCUGCUACCGCUACACCGAUGUAUUUGGGUGAAAUUUCGCCAGCAAAUAUCCGCGGUAACUUGGCAUCCAUGUUAACAGCUGCUUCGAAACUAGGCACUUUAAUCGAGUACGUAAUAGGCCCGUUUCUCUCGGUGAAAAAUCUGGCCCUUGUAUCUUUGGCAGGACCGUGCCUGUUUGUGGUUACCUUCAUUUGGCUACCAGAGUCUCCGUACUAUUUAAUGCGCUGCGACGCCAAGCAAAAGGCCAUAGAUUCUCUCAUUCAAUUGAGAGGCAAAGGGGAUGUUCACAAAGAGGCAGACAGCAUUGAACGAAUCGUAAAAAUUGAUUUGGCUAACGAAACUGGUUUUCAAGAACUUCUAUUUGUCUCGGGUAAUCGCAGGGCUUUAAUAAUCUUGUUGUGCCUGGGUACAUUACAGCAAAUGAGCGGUAGUCAAGCUAUAUUACAGUACGCUCAAUUAAUUUUUGACCAAGCAAACAUUAAUUUAGAGGGCAAAUACUUGACCAUGAUACUGGGCAUCGUGCAAGUGAUAUUUACGAUUGUCUGUAUGAUGAUCACCGAUGGUAUCGGCAGGAAACCGCUGUUGAUAAUUUCAGCCUUUGGUUCGGCAUGCUCAACCGCUAUAGUCGCGUUAUAUUUUAAUUUGCAAUACUGUGGUAUGGAUAUCAGCAAGAUAGCAUGGUUACCUGUUAUCGGUGUAUUCACUUAUAUAGUCAUGUAUUCCUUGGGUCUGGGUCCGCUUUUAUUAACCAUGAGCAGUGAACUAUUUGCUACGAACGUCAAGGCUCUCGGCAGUACGAUAACCGUAAUUGUGCUCAAUGCCUCCGCCUUUACUGUGGUUAAGUCAUAUCUGUUAAUAGCCGGAACUGCUGGUGUACACGUGCCAUUUUGGAUUUUUUUCACGUGCAGUUUUAUCAUUGUUUUGUUAACUUUUUUCUACAUACCUGAAACUAAAGGCAAGACUUUGGAACAGAUUGUGGAGAAAUUGCACAAGUUGCCAAAAAAGUGAAAAUUGAGAAAAGUUUCUACACACUGAUCUGCCGGUGAAGAAUAUUCGUAAAUUACGCUUUAUUAAGGAAUCCAUUUUUCGAAAUCAAGUUUAUAGAUUAAACUCGGAGACUUAUCAAGUUUUUGCUUAUAAAUCAACAGUCAGUUAACGUUCACACGUGGAAUUGGUUACGUCGCUAAA